AUGAAGCUUUCCGCAGUUGUCACCCUUUGCAUCCUCGCAGUCUCUUCUGCCUUUGCACCUGCACCAAGCGCGCAAACCAGCAAGGUCGUUAUGAACGCCGAACAAUCCAGAAUGGAAUUCCUUUCCGCUGCCGGACUUGCAGUCUUUGGUGCUGCUAUUGCCCCUGGUGUUGCCGGAGCAAUGGACCAAGAAAAUGUCAAUGACCCCACUGAGGUCUGGGAGACUGGAAAGCCAAGCGCUGAUGCCAAGAGUGCAAGGGCUGCCCGUUAUGCCACUGCCCGCACCCAAAUGACCUCCAACUUUCCCCCAAUCAAGCGCACCACCCUUGAAAGAAAGAGCCCUGUCACCAGAUUGGAUAUCAACGCUCCUGACUUCACUGCUUACAAAAAGACUUACCCCGGACUUUUCCGUGAGUAA